AUGCACCCCUUCUACGAGGUCCCUUAUCGUCAGGACACGGACGAAGAUAGGUCCUUCUUCUCAUACGCGCCAGACCCAGCACCGAUAUUCACACCCAAGGAUCCCGCUGUACACAAACCCCUCUCCAUCAAGCAGGUUCUUGACCGCCGCCUGCACUGGGUGACCCUCGGCGGACAGUACGACUGGACGAACCGUAUAUACCCCGGCGAGGAGCCGCCUGUCUUCCCGCCGGACAUUGCAAACUUUCUCGAGGAUCUCUUCCCCGAGACGCGUGCGCAGGCGGCCAUAGUCAACUUUUACACACCCGGCGACACGAUGAUGAUGCACCGCGACGUCAGCGAGGAGACGGACAGAGGGCUCGUGAGCUUGAGCUUCGGGUGCGACGGGCUCUUCAUGAUUGCGCCCAAUGGCGUGGGCGCCAUUCCAGACGAGGUUAAGGCCCAGGGCAAAGAAUAUCUGCUGCUGAGGCUGAGGUCAGGGGACGCCAUCUACAUGACGCAGGAGGCGAGAUUUGCAUGGCAUGGUGUGCCCAAGGUGCUCAAGGGAACGUGUCCAGAGUGGCUGCAGGACUGGCCGGCUGAGGAGGAAAAGUAUGAGGGCUGGAAAGGAUGGAUGAAGAACAAGCGGAUCAACCUGAACGUGCGGCAGAUGCGGGAGUAG